GUUUUCAGCCGAUGCCUUGGUGGUUGCGCGGAGGCAUCGUGGCUGGGGGCGGUGUCUCCCUCCUCUCCGGUCAUCCCCUCAUACCACUUUCCAGAAGUCCCUCUAUCACAUUCACCCCUCACCACUCUUGUUUCCAACCUCCCUUCGAGAAAUCCAGGUUAUAUCAAUCUCGUCAAAGUGAUACAGCCUUCCACCGCCAUCAGUGCGACAUCUGAGCAAGAAGAAAAUGGCGGCGGAGCUUACAUCGACCCGCUUGAAUGCGGAGAAUCACUUGCUCUUGGACCAAUCCCUCCUUCGUGUGCCCCAUGAACUUGCACGACGAAAUUUCAAGUCUGUUCAACGGCUCGUUGAACGAGAGAGGGAACAUGUUCUUCCCGCACUCAGAGACAUGGCCGAUAUCUCUAUGUCAAAAUCUCAAACACCCGAUCAAACCAUCGCUGCCCUCGACGCCAUGAUCUCCCGGAUGCAAGGUCUGAAGCGCAAAAUGGAGAACCUGCAUCAAGAAGAGAAAGGCAUCCAUGAACAGUCCAGGAAGCGUAUUCAGCACCUUGAAAGUCUUUCUCACAUUUCGAGCUUGGAGGAUGUCAAGUAUGAUCAGUGGUCGCGAGUCAGGUUGAAUAGGCUAAUAGUCGAUCAUAUGCUGCGCUCCGGAUAUUUAGAAAGUGCCCGGCAGCUAGCUCGUGAGAAAGGAAUUGAGGGUCUAGUGGAUCUCAGCGUGUUCGUGCAGUGUCAACGUAUCGCCGAUGGCCUACGCCAAGGUGAGACAAAGGAUGCUCUCCAGUGGUGCGGUGAGAACAAGGCGGCAUUGAAAAAAAGCCAGUAUAAUCUCGAAUUCGAACUCCGAUUGCAGCAAUACAUCGAAUUGAUUAGGAGCGGAGACAAGACAAGAUUUAUUGACGCUAUGAUGCAUGCUAAAAAAUACCUUGCUCCAUUUAAAGAGACACAAUCCGCUGAGAUUCACCGCGCCGCAGGGCUACUUGCUUUCCCACGAGAUACCGAAACUGAACCUUAUAAGUCUAUGUACUCUCAUGAGAGAUGGAAUAGUCUCUCUGUUCUGUUCGUUCGCACACAUCAUGAGCUUUUGUCACUAUCGUCCCGCCCUUUGCUUCAUAUUGCCCUUUCAGCAGGGUUAUCGGCCUUGAAGACGCCCUCGUGUCACUCGGCUUAUACCCCUUCUAGCUCCAAUUCUUUUUCUACCAUAACAUCUGUCUGUCCCAUUUGCUCCACCGAGCUCAACGAACUUGCUCGUAAUAUGCCUUAUGCUCAUCAUACGAAAAGCUAUGUCGAAAAUGACCCGAUCGUUCUGCCCAAUGGCAGAGUUUAUGGUCAGCAGCGGUUACUAGAGAUGAGCAAGAAGAUCGGUUGUGUUGACUCCGGAAAGGUGAAGGAUCCUACCACUGGCGAGGUCUUUGAUGAAGCUGAAAUGAAGAAAGUCUACAUUAUGUAAGAUUCCAGCCUAUAGGUGGAGGCAAUGGAUGAAUGAAACUCUUUUUUACUGUUCCUGCGCCG